CAAAGCUGUUUUGCUAAAAAUAACAAAGUGGGCGUUAUGAAAGAAGAGAUGGAAGCGUACGAAAAAGUAUGGAAAACGAUGGUUACAGAGGAAGUGACAAAGAAGAGAGGCGGCGUGGCCUUUGAUCUUACCUUUGUCUCCGAGGAAACCCCAAAGAUGCCUCCACCCAGGUUAAUAGAGAAUAAAAAGGAGGGGGAUUUUGAGAAAUGGAGAGAGUCUCAGGAGAAAUCACAGGUUCAAAAACAGGAGCGGGCUCAGCAGAACAGAGAGGAAGCCCGUAUCCAGAAAGAGAUCGAGGUCGCCCACAAGGAGAUGGAGAGGCUCAAGAAAUAUGUCAACCUUAUUACUGUCGAAUAAAAUUGAUCUGA